UGCAGACUUUGAUGACCGUACUGCAAUGGCUGCGAGUGUGGAAGCACUGCAAAGUCCACCCAGGAAGAGGGCGAGAUUGUCACUGAAGCUUGUGAGAAAAGACCAACAGACCAGCAAGGUCAGCGCACCUGUUGGUGAAGAGCAAGGAGAGACCAGAGAUGAACAACCAAAAUAUGAAGCAGCCGAUGGUGUAGCACCUACUUACAGUGAACCGACAUCGUCCACCAUUCCAAGCGAGUAUAUGAUAAGCGUAGCUCCGUAUACUGGUCUGCAUAACCUGGGCAACACCUGCUAUCUCAACAGUGUGCUACAAGUUCUAAGGUAUUGUCCAAGCUUUAGCGAGAAUCUGGCAAGACUUUCCGGGUUGGUUUCUGACAAACUCAAGAAGAAAGAUGAAGAAGGAGAGGACGAUACUGCUGUAGAGGAUGAGAGGAGUAGGCGGAGAAGAGUCGAGUUCUUAGGACAGCUUAAGUUGGUUCAAGCAAUGAAUAAAUUGUUCAACACCAUGUCUGAGAAGGAGCAAUCUUACUUGAAGCGGAUGAUGCCAGCUGGUCAGGAAUUAGCUAUGUAUCCUGAAGAAAUCUUGGAAGCUAUCAGGGAAUUGAACUCAAUGUUCAAAGGCUAUCUACAGCAUGAUGCCCAGGAGCUUCUCUGUUGCAUCCUCAGUAACGUCCAAGAGGCUUGCCAGCGACUUGGUGACCUCCAGGAGAACAAAGAGAACCAGACCAAUCAGGCUGCUGUCAUGGAUGUACCUUCGGGAACCUGCCUGAAAGCUGUGAGGAAGCUUGACAUGGGCGGAGCUGGUGAUGGUUCGACGGAGAAAGAGUCUGGAAGACUGUUGGGAGGCGGUAGACCCCUCGGUGGAGGUAGGCCUAGGAGUGAAAAGACAUUGAGUGAAAAGAAGUUGGAUUAUAAAGGGCUCGGUAAUGAUGCACUUGUGACGCACCAGGACAAAGGCAUUGGUGAUCAUCCUAAUGGGUUUAGUGAUGGAAAUGUUGAACACGUUAAACUUUGCAAUGGCAACAUCACAGGCACUCUGAAAAAGUCUGAGACAAUCAACGGGGUGGUGGCGGGUCACCACGGAGGGAUUUCCCCAAGUAAUGACUCUGUGCGGAGACGAGGGGGGAGGAAGAGCGCUGUGACAAACGGACACUUAUCGGGGAUAGAGUGCAAUGGGAUGAAUGGUAGCCUUCCGGAGACGAACGGAUCGGGAGACGGUGGGAGCUGUAAGAAGAAGCGUCUUGGGAUCGGUCGCCUUGCAUUGCAGCAGUAUUCCCUGAGCAAGUUUGGCAUCGUCAAGAAAGACAAAGCACCACCGGUUGAACAACGUACACAAGAUGAUGCAUCUCACCAUCAUUGUGCUGAACUUGAUUUGGCCGAGGCUUCGAAGGAAGCGCCUGAAGUUGGAACAUUUGCUUCCAGGAAUGUGACCGCUAAUAACUCCAAUGACCCUGAUAAGUCUGUGGAUACACCCAAAGCUUCUCCGAAAGUGGAGGAUGAUUCGGAGACAGUCGAACGACUGCAAGGAGACCAUUCACCACCAGCCACCCAAGACAAGGAAAUAUCAACAAAGCUGGAAGAAUGUCCUGUCCCCGAGCCACCAACGACCAACUGCGCCCAAACGGCAGUGGUGGAAGGGGUUGGAGACCAGGGUGGGGCAGUGGAGAGUGCAGGCGCUGCAUCUUUGCUGGGUGAGAUGAAGGUGAUCGAGAGGCUCUUUCAGGGUACCCUUGUACUCCAGACACGCUGUCUGGAGUGUGAAUCCUGCUCGGAGAAGAGGGAAGAUUUCCAGGAUGUCAGCGUUCCAGUUCAGAGUAUUCCUGCCUUCACCAGUGAAGAGGAGCAAGGAGAACAUGCCCCAGAUGUCAACCCUCGUAACCUGUCUCUCAGCUGGGCAUUGUCUGAGUUCACCAGUGUGGAGAGACUGACCGACGAUAACAAGUACUUCUGUGAGCAUUGUUUUCAUCUGACAGAAGCCGAGAGAUCUGUGCUCUUUGGGAGGCUACCCGGUGUGCUUAUCAUCCAGCUGAAGAGAUUCAGUGCUUUCAUCAACUGUUUCUCUCCUGGAGGAUCCGUGUCAAAGGUCAACGACCAUCUAGCCAUCCCGUUGACGCUGAGCCUCGCCAAGUGGUGUUCUGGAUCUUGUCAACAGAGGAACACGCCCUAUGAGCUCUGUGCAGUGGUCGCUCACAGUGGGUCAUCUAGCUCCAGCGGUCAUUACAUCGCCUAUGCUCGGGUGCCUCAAAAAAAUACAGAAUCCCGAUCCUGCGACGCCGACCCGGGAGCCCAAGAUCAGUGUCCCAGGAAGGAGUCCUGGGCCAAGUUUGACGACGACAGAGUUCAGGUCCUGUCCGAUGAGGAGUUCGAGUCCCUGGUGAAUCCCCUGCAGGGCAACGACUCCGCUGCUACUCCUUACCUUCUACUCUACAAAGAUGCUCACCAGAUCGCAAGAUGAAAUAGAGAUAUUUGAAUUUUUCUUGUUUGUUUAUGAUUUUACAUAAUAAUGGAUAGGGUGCAGAUAACAUACCUCACCUGAACCCUAUAGAAGAGGUGUGGUAGUUCAGCUUUCUUUUUAUUUAUUUUUUUUCAUUUUUGAAUUUCAUUUAUCUUUUUUAUUUUAAUCAUUUUGUGAAUUUAUUGUGUAAAAGUGUAAACAUUAUGGCAAAGUUAGAGAGGAUUUUCAGCUCUGUUUAUUUUUGGUUUCUCUCAGCCAUGCUCUUGUAGCUGAAAAUUGUUUAGCAAAAGACCAAACUGAACUUUCCUUCAUUUAAAAAAAUAUAUACUUUUGUUGAAUUGAAUUGAAUAUAUUUAUUCUCCCAAAAGUUUUUCAAUAAUAUUAAUGAUAAUAAUGAUGAUAAUAAUAAUAGUAAUAAUAAUGAUAAUAAUGAAAAUAUUCAUGAGACUUGUAUAGUGCACUUUCCAUCUUGAUUUCAUGCUCAUGGCGCUUCAGAACCGAACAUCAACAAAAAUAAAUUACAUAUAAUACAUGUUUGAACAACAGGUCGAUAUCUGUCAAAAAGCUUUCUGAUACAGGUAUGUUUUCAGGUUGCCCCUGAAGUAUAGUAAUAAUUAUACUUGCUUAUAUCGCUUUAACACUUACCUGUACUUUAUCAGAAGUCUCAAGCGCUCUACAGAAAUGCGGCAUGAUUUGCACUGGCUUUAGCAGUGCAGAUUUUAUACGCACUGCGUUGGAAGGAAUAAAUUCUUGCCAGAUAGCCAUGUGCCACUCCUGUGUUAAGUGCAGCACAUUGUGGAUCAAUUGCUUGUUGAAAGAAGUUACACCAUAGCUGGGAUUCAAACCCACAACCCUCUGUUUCAUAGUCCGGAGUCUACCUCACUGGGACACAACGAGGGGGCACAAUUAUGCCAUAGAUUAAGUGUAGAAAGUUGAGGUAUGAAAUGAUAUUUGAACGGUUUCACCUUGUUGGUUGUUUCAAUUAUUCCAUGAGUGGAUUUUUAUGGUCCUCUUCUAUGAUGAUAUCUCAUAUCGUGUUGUUCCAAGAACGCCCUUAGCACCACACUUACGUGCAUUGCAUGCACGCAGAAACGCCCUCAGUAGCGCACACAAGGGCAUUGCGAAAGGACGCUUGUGCACAGAUAAGGUGCACGUAAGCGUGGUGCUAAGGGCGUUUCUGCACUGACACAACGAUAUUUGCUCAGGGUAGCCUCUUCAGCUAUAUAGCUAGUCUUCAAGCGGGCACUGCAUAACAUAUACUAUUUCACUGAAAAGAUCCAUCUGAUAGACAUGAGAAACUGUUCUUUCAUCGAUUAUCAAGAAAUUUUACUUGUAUUGUGGUUAGCUUUCACUUGCGAGGCUGCAAGCUUCGCAAGAGCUGUAGUUGUUGCUUGGGCAGCAUGACGAAGCGUUAGAAUGGGAUUGUAUGUGGACGAAAGAGCGUGUUGUCCUAAGUCUCUAUUCAAAGGGAGAUGGGGUGGUUCCGUCCCGCACAAAUGUGUAUAGCCUCUCUAAUCCAUAUGGUAGACUCGUCAUUAUCGCUUGCGAGUCUGGAACUUUCUAAAAACAGAAAAUAUUUCUUGAUUGUGGAAGAAAAAAAUAUUUUCUCAUAUUGUCGUUACCCCUCUCCUGGCUAGAUGGCAGAAGGUCUUCAACAUUACUCGGCCCGGGAUUGAACCCACGUCCUUCCAUUCACGAGGCAGGGGCGUUACCUCUGAACCACCUUUCCAGAUGUUUGGUAUUAGUAGGAAUAUCCUCAGCUGAAAAAGGUUACAAGUUUUUACCAUUUCUAAUAAAAC